CGUUUUGGGUUCGAUAAGCCAAUUAAUACUCCGCACACAUAAAAAAUUUUAACGUUUGACGUUCGGUUCAAGCCAUGUCUCUUUUCUGAUUCAUCACCAUGGCCGAUCUUUCUACUUCCAUUGCUGGUGUCAAGCUCCCUAACCUCUUUUUCAAUGCUUCUGGUGUGUGUUGCCAGCACGAGGAAGAGCUCAAGACCCUCUUGGACAGCGAAUCCGGUUCGCUGAUUACCAAAUCGGCCACCUACGAAAAGCGUUUGGGCAAUCCUUCGCCCCGCUAUGUCCCUCUUCCCGGUUUGGGUAGUAUCAACUCGAUGGGUUUACCCAACGAAGGCUACGAAUACUAUCUUGAAUAUGCCAAGAAGUACGAUUAUACCCACGAGAAGCCCUUGUUUAUUUCGUUGUCCGGUUUGUGUUUGGAGGACAAUGUCAAGAUGGUGGAAGCGUUUGUGACUGCCGAUCUGCCCUGCAUCUUGGAAGUCAACUUCUCCUGCCCCAACGUUCCCGGUAAACCUCAGCUUGGCUACGACCUUGAGGCCAUGGAAAAUGCCCUGAACGUCUUGGCUCCUCUUAUCAAGAAGCCUUUCGGCAUCAAGUUGCCUCCUUACUUUGAUAUUGCUCACUUUGACGCUGCUGCCGCCAUUUUUAACAAGUUUGACAAUUUGAGCUUUGUGACCUGCAUCAACUCGGUUGGUAACGGAUUGGCGAUUGAUUUUGAAACCGAAACGGCUCUUAUUAAGCCUAAGGAUGGCUUUGGUGGUCUCGGUGGUACCAUGGUGCUUCACACUGCUUUAGCCAACGUGAAUGCUUUCUACCGUCGUUUGCCCAACAAGAAAGUCAUUGGUGUUGGCGGUGUGACUUCAGGAAAGGAGGCUUUCUUGCAUGUGUUGGCCGGUGCCAGUGCGGUUCAAAUCGGUACCCAAUUGAAGGAAGAAGGUCCCCAAAUGUUCUCUCGUAUCAAGAAGGAAUUGGAAGAUAUCAUGAUUGCCAAGGGUUACAAAUCCUUGGAUGAUUUCCGUGGCAAAGUCAAGACUUUGUAAAAUUGUGUAAAGAAAAUGUCGAUAAACUAGCUCAUGCAAUUCAUUGUAUUUAUACACAUGGAUACAACUUGACUCUUUCGUUUUAUGCCCAAUCGGGGUAGUCAGUUCCGCACGCUAUUUUCCAAUGUCACCAAUAUACAACCAUACGCUGUUUCCUCCAAGUAAAUUUUCCUUUGGUGGCAAACUGAUGUUAAAGAUACGACCUUUGGCAUUACAUUCAUCCAUCACUUUUCAUCCUCCAGACAGUGGAGCUAAU